UUAGGGAGCGAGUCCAGUCCUCACUCAGGAAUUUUAUAACUCACACAGAGAGAAAUACACCGGGUUUCCUCAAUAAUGGCGGGGUCCCUGGAUUAAUCACAACUUUUUACGUGUUCUCUGGGGAGCUGUGACUCUCGGGGUCAUGGCGAAUGUGAAACAGAAGCUGUUAUUUCGGAGUAAAAACGGAGUUUGUGGGGACAGUGUGGACGGGACCGCCGCCGCUAAAUCCAUGAGUUUUGAAAAACGUCACGGAAAGGUCAAUGCAGGGAAUGGACAAGUCCCGGGCCGGAGGAAGUCUCUCAAUGACUCACUGGAAGGAGACGUCAGGGAUUUCUUAGUAAACGAGUCUGAGCUCCACACCUACGAUGACCUCACCAAAGUUAACCCAGUAACCCCAACCACAGUGCUGAAAUGCCUGCAGGCACGCUACAGUGCGAGGGUCUUCUACACUCAUGCAGGCUGCACCCUGGUGGCCCUCAACCCCUUCCAGCCCAUCCCUCACCUCUAUUCUCUGGAUAUGAUGCGCGAGUAUCACUCUGCUCCCCAGCCUCAGGAAUUUAAGCCACACAUUUUCAUCGUAGCAGAGGAGGCGUAUAGGAACGUGCAGGGCCAGGUGGAGCCUGUGAACCAGUCACUUGUGGUCUCAGGGGAGAGUGGAGCUGGGAAGACAUGGACGUCACGCUGCUUGAUGAAAUACUAUGCCACUGUGGCCGUCUCCUCUCAGAAGUGCCAGGACACUGUUGAGAGGAUAGAGAGACGAGUGCUGGACUCAAACCCUGUCAUGGAGGCAUUCGGCAAUGCUUGCACUCUGCGCAACAACAACAGCAGCCGCUUUGGGAAGUACAUCCAGCUCCAGCUGAACAGUUCACAGCUGCUGGUGGGGGCUUCGGUGCAGACGUACCUGCUGGAGAAGACCAGGGUGGCCUUUCAAGCUCCUGAUGAGAGAAACUUUCAUAUAUUCUACCAGAUGAUGAAAGGGGCAACAGAGAAACAGAGGCAGGAGUGGGAGAUGCCACAUGACCAGAAGUUUACCUGGUUGCCAAAUGCAGACAAAACCUUAGAAGAGGAUAACCUCCAAGAGACCGUGGAUGCCAUGAUCAGCCUGGGCAUCGAAACAGACAAGCGGGCACAAAUCUUCAGGAUCCUAGCAGGUAUUCUGCAGCUGGGGAACGUGAACUUCAGUCCUGCCUUGGAGUCUCAGCCAUGUGACCUGGACGAGCAGUCCAAAGAUUUCCUGAAGAAGACAGCAUCUCUGCUGCAGGUGCCGGCGGAGGAGCUGCAGGAGUGUGUGACUGUUCGGGCUCUGCGUGCUGGAAAACAGAACGUCCUGCUGAAACCCUGCUCUCAGAGCGAGUGCAUCAUCCGCAGAGACUGCCUCGCUAAAGUCAUCUACGCACAGCUCUUUGAAUGGUUGGUCACCUUCAUCAACAACAGCAUGUGUUCAGACAACUCCAAGUGGAGCAAUUUCAUUGGUCUUCUGGACGUGUACGGCUUUGAGUGCUUCCUGCUGAAUAACCUGGAGCAGCUGUGUAUUAACUAUGCCAAUGAGAAGCUGCAGCAGCAUUUCGUGGCCCAUUAUCUGAAGGCCCAGCAGGAGGAGUACGUGACUGAAGGCCUGAAGUGGUCCUUUGUCAGCUACCAAGAUAACCAGAGCUGUCUGGAUCUAAUUGAGGGAAGUCCUACCAGCAUAUUCUCCUUACUUAAUGAGGAGUGCCGUUUGAACAGAGCAUCCGAUGCUAAGCAGUUCCGGGUCCGUCUGGAGAAGGAGCUCUCUGGCAACAACAGGAUGAGUUGGGACAAAUUCAGCAAGCAGCCGCACUUCAUUGUAGCUCACUAUGCCGGAAAUGUUAGCUACCAGAUCGAGGGCAUGAUGGAGAAGAAUAAGGAUCCAGUCCCGCCUGAACUCCUCAGUUUACUUCAGAAGUCAGAGGAUCCUCUGCUGCAGAGUCUGUUUGCAGCCUCAGACACAGAGGGUAACAGCUCCCGGCCUCACAGCAAAGUCGUCACCGUCGUCUCCAAAUUCAAGAACUCAUUGGAGUGUUUGAUGAAGAUUCUGCACAGCACCACCCCACACUACACUCGCUGCAUCAAACCCAACCCUGACUGUAGGCCACUCACCUUCAGGAAGGAAGAGGUGAUCACACAGCUAGAGGCCUGUGGUAUAGUGGAGACGAUCCACAUCAGUGCAGCAGGAUUCCCCAUCAGGGUUGCUUAUGACAGUUUCCUCCAGCGAUAUGGGCUGAUAAUCAACACCAGGCUCCCUCAAGCUCAGCUAAAUAACAAUGAAGGAUCUGAGGGUGGAGAGGAGGACAGUCUUGGUCCUGCUGUGCAGGCCAUUCUGAACACAGUCCAGAAGAACUCGAAUCGCUUCACCAACCUCAACAACAAUCUGAUGGUGCACUGUGGGAAAACCAAAGUGUUCCUCACACAUGCCAUGUUAGAGCUGUUGGAGGAGCAGAGAGACCGGGUGCGCUCUCAGAAGGCCUUCUCCAUCCAGUGCUGCUGGCGUCGGCACCAAAGACACCAGAGGGCAAUCAGGACACAAUCUGCCACUCGCAUACAAGCAGUGGUGAGGGCCUGGCUGGUCAGAAGAGAGGUGAGGAGUUGGCACAAAGCUGCUUCAGUCAUCCAGGCUAGAUGGAGGUCUUGGAGGUCUCAGAUGGACGCUCUGGCUGAUGCAGAGCUGGACGAUGCUGAGGACCUGCAGGAGGAAGAGGAGAUCUGUUCUGUUCCUCCUCUGGAUCCUCUGCUGAAGGAGCGAGGCUCGGUGCAGCUCUCCAGCAUCCCCGAGCCUGUGACGGUACGCAGCUGGCCCCUGGGCCUGGCUAUGGCCCACGCCCCCAACAUCACAGUGGCCUUCACUGCCACCGGCUUCCAGAAGGUCAUGUCCCUGAUGGCCACACUGAAGAUCCCCUUCAGGCACGGAGAGUACAAAGUGGAGACCAACCAGUUCGACCAGGGCGUAGCCUCCAUCAGAGCACAGCCACGGGGCUCAGUGAAGCUCCACAUGCGACGCUCCCCUCUGCGCUACGCCGACAUGCACCCCGGGAGCGAUCCUGACGGAGUGACCGGUUUAAACCAGAUCCUGCUGGACAGCGUGUAGUCCUUAUCCACCAAUCCUCAUGACUCACGUCUGCAAUACCAAAACAAGCUUUAGUCCAAUCAGAGCACUUCCAGAGGCACGAGUAAGAGUGCAGAACACACUGUGGGAGAAGAUUCAUGAUGCUGCCUUUAUUUGAGUGUAAUAUAUAUUGCUGUGUUUGACUGUGUAUGUGCCUUCUGUUCCAGGUGGAUUGUUAAGGUAGUAAUGUACUGUAGGAUUUUUAUAUAUAGAGAGAUAUAUUUAUUCAGAAUAAUGAAAGGUUUUUAAGCCAAUGACAACACUAAGAUUAAUUUGAUAAUAAAAUUGUAAAAGGUUGUUACUUAUCACUCCUGUUUGGGUAUAAAAUGUCUAGUCUUUUCUAGUUAGACUUGAUAUCUGCAAUGCUUUUCAGUCAAAUACCAACUGUGUAUGAUUUUAUUCAAAAGAAACAGUUAGUGAAAGGGAUGUACUGAAAUGAAACUUAACAAAAAUGAAACAUUGGGCUGAAUAGCAAAUACUGAAAACAUUUUUUUUAUUUUAUUUGUAUUUAUUUAUAUCAUUUCCCCCCCAAAAUUGCAUAAAUAAAUAGCAUAGUUACUCAAAUACAAUCUAAAAAUGUUUAUUGAACACUGAACAUUUUUACAUGCCAGCAGACAAAUUAACAAAUUACAAUAUGACUUAUAAUUAAUUAAAAAUAAAUGAAACAUUGUUCAGUAUACAUUAUUCUGCCUUUUCACUUAAUGGCAUUUUUGCCAAAAUAAUUUCGGUUGCCAAAUAUUCAGUGCAUCCCAGCAGAGGAAGUUAAGACUGCCAAGUGUUGUAAACUUGUAUUAAUAACUCAUUUUAACUCAGUGAUGAGGGGAAAAAAAACAUGGCAUUGACUGGAAUCUACAGUAUCUGCACUGUUUAGUACUGUGUACUUGAUUUCUACUCUAUUUCAGGCUCAUUGCACACUAAUUUUAUAAGGAAUAAUAAUAAUAGUAUUUAUACUGUAGUCUUAAUGGCUUUAGACAAACUUGGGAGAAAUUAUCAUUUUGCAUGUGUGUGUGUGUAUGUAUGUGUUUUUCAUUUUUACUCAACUUUCAGUUGCUGCUUUUUCUGUUUUUCAGGUUAUAUAUUUCUUUUUUACUGGAAUCACAGACCAGAUCUUUAUAACACUAAAACAACAAAGAAAGAUCUGGUCCAUUAAGUACUGUUUGCCUGGGUUUAGACUGCAGGUUUCUGAAAUCAGAUCUUUUGAGAUGACUGUUCACACUGUUCUUUGCAAGUGAUCAGAUUGGGUUUGCAUGUCUGGACAUCACAAAUGUUGGUGUGGUUGCUGUGGUAACAAGAUAGGCAUCGAUAAAUAGCUUUUGGUGCUCUUCUGGGACCUGCGAACUUCCAUCACUCUGGAUUUAAUAAGGUCCUGAUUUGCUUUGUGAAUGUCCAGACUGUGUUUGGAUCUAAUUAGCAGAAAACCAAUUUCUUGUAGUUUCUGGCUGUCCAGAUUAUGAAAAAUAAAUCUGGAUAGAACCUAAAUUUAGUAUGCCAAAAUCUGAUUUAGGCUGCCAGUCUGAACACAGUGUUUGAGUGCUGCUGAAUGAUGUGAACAUGCAUAUUCCUGGACAGUGUAUCUCAACUCUGGGUUUGGAGUUCCACUACCCUUUUACUAUCCUUUAUUUCUAGUGUUUUCCCUGAUUUAAACACACUUGAUUCAAAAACUAAAAAGCUUAUUAAAGGAGAACUCCAGAGUGAAAUUGAAUUUUGGUGUAGUAAAACAUGUUAAAGAGUACCAACUUUUGCUGAAUAGCCCACCUCCGCUCUCCCACAGCUUUCAGAGAUCCAGCAAUUUUAUUCUGUUUGUCCAAACACCCUUUAGACUAGAUAAUAUGGGGCAUAUUCUUGCCCCUGCAGAUAAAUCGCUUUUUACACCGUUAUCCAGGCUCACAGUAGCUUCACACUUCAUUUGUAGAAUCUGGAGAGCUCGGACAUUAAAAAUGAGGCGUUAAGAACUUUAAAAGAGCACAAGAAAAACACUGUUUACAUCCCAUAGCCUUAGCUACAUCUCCGGACACCGCCAUCAUAAAGUAAAGUCAUGAUCAGUUAAGUGAGAAGCACAUAAAGUUGACAGAAGCAAAUGAUGUACAUGUGAAGAAGGCAAAUGGAAAAGAAGACAGAAAUGCUGCAAUAUUACGUGCUCGUGACUCUACUAAUCAUGACUUUACUUUAAGAUAGCAGCGUCCAGAGAUGUAGCUAACGCUACGGGGUGAAAUGAAUGUUAUUAAUAAGCUUCUUGUGCACUAUUUAAGUUAUUAAUGCUUCGUUUUAAAUGUCAGAGCUCUUCAGAUUCUACCAGUGAGGUGUGGAGCUACUUUGAGCCUGGAUAACGGUGUAAAAAGGGAUUUAUCUGCAGGGGCAAGAAUAUGCCCCAUAUCACCCAGUCUAAAGGAUGUUUGGACAAACAGAAUAAAAUUGCUAAAUCUCUGAAAGCUGUGGGAGAAUGGAUGUGUGCUAUUUAACAAAGGUUAGUACACUUUAUCAUGUUUUACUACACCCAAAGUCAAUUAUACACCAGAGUUCUCCUUUAACAGCCUAUGGUAUUGUUGCUGAGGGUGUGUUAAAGUAGGAAAAGCACUAAAAUGUGCAGGGCAGUGGGUCUCCAGGACCAGGGUUUAUAUUUACACUGAUGUAGGCCAGUUCUUGAGUACUCGACAUAUCAUUAUAAUAUUAUGAUAUAUUUAUCUCAGUCUUCAGGCAUUAAUCUGUAAACUGCAAAUUAUAUUGCAAACUAAAUUCUGUCAGACUCAGGGCAUUCAACAAGCACCGAACAAAUGAAAGACCAAAGUAUAUCAACGAGAUCAUGAUACUUAAACCAAAUCUCUGUUUUCAUAGAUCUUAUGUAGUAGCAACAAAUAGAGUACAUACAGUUUUGUAACCAUGUAAGUGUUUUUGUGUUUGAUCUACAAUUUGAAUAUUGCUUAUAUAUUAAAUAUGCAGUGUUAAGUUGCAUUAGUUAAAUGAUUAAUGCUAAGCACUUCAUGCCUCACUUAAAUCAACAAAGACCAGUAAGUAUGAAUACACAAGGAUUUCUGUUUAUGAUGUUCUGUAAAUACAUGAUUCUGAUUCUUGAUAAAAUAAAUACAUUUUUAAAAAAUA